GAAGAGGUAGAAAGAGUUGCUUCUGCAUUUUUUGACAACCUUCUGGAGCCUCGUAAGCUGCAAGGAGAAUACAUCAUUGCUGAGGCGGACAGUAUUUUGAUGUUUGCCCCUUUCUCAAACCGCAAACAAGGCAUAUCAGGACAUCUAUUUGUUACCAACUUCAAGAUCUCUUUUGUUACGGCUGACAAGUCUUCUUAUCCCGAUGGAGAUAACAACAGGUCUGCCCAAAGGAACAAGCUCAUCGACAAUACAGACAUUCCAUUGACUAAUGUGGAUGCUAUAUAUCAAGUGGCGACUGGGGCUCGGAGAAAAAAACUUGUUCCAGGAAGCGCAGUGACAACUCCUACUAAACAUUUGGAAAUCCAUUGUAAAGAUUUUCAGACCCACGUUUUUGGUUUCAAGUUCACGUCGAAAGAACAGAACAGACAGGUGACGAAUGCUGUUAUGGUGUACUCAUUCCCUGCCAAAGAUGACUUACUGUUUGCCUACGAGUUUGGGCACAAGAGUCAACAGGAAGGGGAAGCUCCGCAGCCAGAGUUUUAUGAGCGGGAUCACUGGGAGAGAGAGCUGGAGCGACUGCAGUGUCAGUCCAUGUGGAGAGUGGCAGACGUGAACAUCGGUUAUUCCGUAAGCACAAGCCUACCUGAGUAUUUUGUGACUCCGAUAAAACUUCUGAACACAGACCUUGAGAAGGCAGCAGCUCAGUUCACAGACAAUCGAAUUCCGACAUGGUCAUAUACUUACGUGAAUGGUGCCAGCUUGGUGAGGAUGUCUCAGAUUAUGCAAGAGUCAGCUUUCAAGUGGUGUGAAGAGAAAAUCCUCAGUGCUGUCCGUCAGUCCAGUGGUAAUGACAAAGAGCUCCUGAUCCUUGACCUGAGCCGGAUGUGCCCGUCCCUGCUGGAUGUGAGGACGAGUGUGGAGCGCUUGAAGAGUAUCAUUAUGACAGACUCGGCCAAGGACUUCUACAGCAGUGACUCUCGCUGGUUCAACAACCUGGAGAACUCCCAGUGGCUGCAGCAAGUGUCCUCCUGUCUGAACACGGCCAACCACGUUGUCAACCAGCUGAUGCGGGAGUCACAGACUGUUGUUCUCAAAGAGGAGAGUGGCUGUGACUUUACCGCCCUUAUCUCCAGUCUAGUGCAGCUUCAGUUGGACCCGGAGUUCCGAACCAUCUCCGGCUUCCAGAGCUUGCUUCAGAGGGAGUGGGUGGUCAUGGGACACCCAUUCCAGCGCAGACUUCACUUAGUCUGGUCUCAGAAUGUAGCAGAGACAGAACAGGCGCCAAUUUUCCUGUUGUUUCUGGACUGUGUGUGGCAACUGCUGCAGCAGUUCCCGUCUUCGUUUGCCUUCACGGAGACGUACCUGACCUCACUGUGGGACUCUGUGCACUUGGGACUGUUUGACACUUUCCUGUUCAAUAGCUGCUGGCACCGCAAGAAGUUCCUCAUCGAGGGGCCCAAUCGGACAUUCAUCUCACUGCCCAGCGCAUGGGACUGGACGUUCCACUUGAGCGAUGAGCAGAUCCUCCUGUUCAACAACCCCCUGUACACACUUAGAACUUCUUUUGAUCUUGACAAAGUUGUGCACAGUGCAAGAAACACCCUUCGUCUUUCCGGAGAGGAACUGAGAGAAAGUCGCUACUCAAUGCUGCUGGGUUCGCCCCCUCCUUCUACGGAUAUGUUUGCUCUUCAAGAGACAGUUCUCAAGCCAGAGGUCACGGCGAGCCUCAUCAAACUGUGGGCCCAGUGCUUUCUCCGGUGGAUAGUACCGGCACAGAUCGUGGGAGGGGGGAAUCCUUCACAAUACAUGCAGCAGUGUAUCCUAGCAGAAGAGGUGAUCUGCCUACAGCACAAAUUACAACAGGUUUCUCAGCUCGUGCAGCAGCAAGCGUCAGAGCGGAACCCGGAGCAGAGAGACGGAAACAAUUCUGGGCAUUUGCAGGUACGCCUGAGAGCACCUCGUCCCCAGAGUGGUUUAGUGUUUGGUGCCACUGGAUAUCAGAGCACCAGCAAGCAGUUGUCCUCCUUGUACAUCACCUCCUCCUUCCCGUUCUCCCCCGGUGUCUCUCAGCACACCCAGCACACUCUCAUCUGUGGGCCGCUCUCUCGCUAUUUGAAAGAAACUGAGAUAGAUCACGAUUAUAAUCAAGACACUGAUGACUAGGACUUUUCCAUAUAAUACUUUGUGUACUUGUGUGGCCAUCUUGAGGAAAAUGCAAAGUCUGCAUAAUCUCUCUCUCUGUUCAGGACUACUCAAAAGCUGCUAUGUUUGUAAAUAGUCAAAUAUUAAAAUGUAUUCAUGCCUGUCUUUACGCAAACAUGAGUUUGUAGUUUGCAAAGUCUUGUCUUUUCAUCCUCCAGCUCUUUGGACCCAUAGGAAUGUGUCAAAGUUUCCUUGAAUUGUGCCUCUUUGACACAACUCUUAUUCUCCAUGUUAUGCCUGCUGGUUUGCAAGAAGCUUUCGUCUGUCCUCUCUUCGUGUAGUCGGAUUAUGUAUCCUCACAAUACUACUUUUUUUUCUAAAGACACUGAACGCGAUGUCUUUGUUAAUGUCACAACACACCACCAGAUGGCCCUGCAUUUGUGUAGCUCUGUCAGAUGACCUGUCGCUUUUGGUGAAUCGUAACAUUUUUAGUUUUUUUCUGAAAAUUCGAACUUCUUGUUUUUUUUUCACAUCUUUCAAUUCUAGCCUGAGAUAAUGCAUUUCGAAUGUAUGUGCACAGAUAUGGGGACAAAAUAGGUCCUCACAGCUGAAAACAGUCCUGUGCUUUAUACAAUAGGUUUCCUCGUAGCGCCACAUGUUUUGUUACACAUUUUGUGAUAUUCGCACAUGUGAUUAUUAUAUUCAAGGAAUGGUCAUCCUCAAUGGAUGAUCGUGGGUUCUGUUUCAAACUGCGUGUCCAAUGCAUGUAUGUUCUCCAGAGCGACAGAGACUCUGUAAAGCAUAAAACAUUGUUUUGUCUCUGUGUAUAUAGAACUUGCUCAGGCUGUUUCUGUAUUAUUCACAACCUUCAGUAUAUUUCUUCUCCGUAAAAA